CUGAGCUCCAGUUUCCGUGGAAACCCACAGGCUUCCCACCCACUGCUGCCUGGGCAGGCUCCCAGCUGGGGCCUCAUGCUCUGCCAGCCUCUCCUCCCCAGUCCAGUCUGCUCCACCCUCAGCCCGUCUUGGCCCCUUCCCUGACUCUCCAUCCCCAAGCCCAGCCUCUGGCCUCUUCCAUUAGGCUCUAAUGCCUUCUUAAGGAACCUGGGCCUCUCCUGCCCCAUCCCUAAACUUCAGCUUCUCAGCAAACAGGCUUCCCAAGCUCCUGCCCCUCCCUCUCAGGCCUUUCUAGCCUUCUUACCGGCUCCCAGGCCUAGCCAGGCCUCCUGCUCCUGCCCACCUAUCACCUCCCACAGACCAACAGACAACAGGUCUCCUAGGCUAUUCUGUCCUCUUGCUCCCCUGCCCCACCCCACCCAUGGAGACCCCAGGACUGGUUGUGCACGGGGAGGCUGCACCCUUUUCCACAGCACUCCGAAGCCUUCUCAACAAUCCCCAAUACAGUGAUGUUUGCUUUCUGGUCGGUCAAGAACGGCAGGAGGUGUUUGCCCACCGGUGCUUGUUGGCCUGUAGAUGCAACUUCUUCCAACGACUUCUGGGUCCGAAGCUGGGCUCUGGCAUGCCUAGCCCUGUGGUGCUAAGCACUGUGCCAGCUGAGGCCUUCCUGGCAGUGCUGGAGUUCCUGUACACCAACAGCGUCAGGCUGCACCGCCACUCUGUGCUGGAGGUGCUGACCGCGGCUAUAGAAUAUGGGCUGGAGGAACUGCGAGAGCUGUGCCUGGAGUUUGUGGUGAAGGUGCUGGAUGUGGAACUGGUUUGUGAGGCCUUGCAGGUUGCUGUAACCUUUGGCCUGGGACCGCUGCAGGAGCAUUGCAUAGCCUUCAUAGAGGCCCACAGCCAGGAGGCGCUCCGGACCCGCGGGUUCCUGGAGCUGUCGGCGCCAGCGUUGCUGUCCCUGUUGCGCAGCGACAAGCUCCGCGUGGACGAGGCUGAGCUCGUUCUGGCGGCCAGGAGCUGGGCACGCGUGGGUGCGGCUGUGCUGGAGCGGCCGGUGGCCGAGGUGGCGGCCCCGGUGGUGCGGGAGCUGAGACUGGCUUUGCUGGCCCCGGCGGAGCUGAGUGCCCUGGAAGAGCAGAACCAGCGGGAGCCGCUCAUCCCGGUGGAGCAGAUCGUAGAGGCGUGGAAAUGCCACGCUCUGCGAAGAGGGGAUGUGGCCCGGGGCGCCCCGUGCCGCCGCCGGAGGGGAACCCUGCCCCGGGAGCAUCACUGCUUUCUGGACCUGCCCUUUAAGUGACCAAAGGCCGCGGUUUGCAAGGAAUUCUGGGCCUGUCCCAAGCUACAACUCCCGACGUGCCUAGUGCUCGGAGCCGACUUCCGCCCCCAGCAUGCCCUGCGAGCCGGGCGCUGGAAGGGCGACUGUCGCCCGGCUCUGCGCCCUGUGGGUGGGGAGUGGGUGUGGGCUUGGGCGGGGCCCAAAGGCGAUUUCCCUUACACUUUACCCUGACUCUACCCUGGCCCUCUGGCCGCGCAGGCCUGCCGCGUUUACUUUUAUAAUCCCCACGUUUUUCGGCUCAGCUCCCUCUUUAAUUCCAGAGCUACCUCCUAGAGAGCGCUCUCUAAAUGCCCCACAGACACCUCAGACUCAAUCCAAAAUUGGGCUGCCUCAUCUUUCCCCAGUUCUGCCCCCAUCGUGUUUCUCAUCUCUGUGAGUGUCUAAGCCAGAAACCUGCAUCUCAGCUUUGCCUUGUUCUUCAUCCUCACAUCUGCCUCCCGUGACUUCUGCCUCCUAAGACACUGAAGGGUAGUAAAAUGUGCCAAUCCAAAAUACGCCUCUUUGAGCUAAGGAUUAUUUUAAGCUGAUUAUUUUGAGAAAAAGUGGAAGCUCUGGAAACAGAAGUUACCCUUUUGUAAGGGAAAUUUAUAAUUAAAAAGGGAAUCUCCAUUAGUAAGGGCGUCUCCUCUGUACCAGGAAAAGAAGGAUGAUCAACUCACCAGAUUUUAGUGGAGAAGGCACCCACUGAAAUCUGCUUAACAAGCCUUACCUUAUGUACUGUGUUUUUUCUGGUAGCAUUCUCCUAACUGUCCUCCCUACACUUUUCUUUCAUCCUUAACUGAAGAUGGUCUUUCAGCAGGUAUUUUAGACCACCUCAGGGAGUUACUCAUUUUUCCCUGGGUAUCUCUCAUGUACACAAGAGGUAUACAUAUUAAUAAACUUGUUUUUCUCUUGUUAA